CCCAAUCACCUAAGCCUAACCACAAAGAACAAGCCUAGAAGUAGAACACCGACGAAGCAACACCAGCGUCGCUUGACGCCAAUUCCACCCCUGUCGCCACUGACAAGCUCCGAAGCUGCAGUCACAUCGAACCAACCUGGAAGCCACCCUGCCAGCGUACCCAGCUUCCACCUUUCAAAUCAAACUCGGAGAAAUUAAGGUCUAGGUUAUAGUUCAAGUGGCUGAUCCUUACUGGGUUUGAAAACAAUGCCUUGAGUUUACUUGUUCAUCGGCAACUGAUCUGCCCAAAAUAACUUCAUCAACUUUGUGAGCAACUACCACUUUAAUUGCAAUACACCUCCAUCCCGGCACUUCUUGAAUUACAGGAAAGAUUUGGAAUAAAGGUUAGCGAGUGUACUUGAUGGCAUCGUCUCCAAUGGAAUCUGGGGCAUUGGUUUUAUUGCAAGACCUACAUCCAUUUUCACCAUACUUUAAGCAAGGGGCUUCACUAAGAGUAACCGGAAAGUUACAAGGGUAUUCUGUUGAGACAGCUAUUGCCACAGUAGUUGAUGGAAAUGACAGCUUAAAGAUCGACACCAAACUCCUCAGAGAGCUUAACAUUCGGGUUGGAUCCAUGUACCAGUUCAUCGGCGAACUGCAUAUUGAACCCAAUAAUGAGGCAGUCUUGCAAGCACGUGUGGGUAGGAAUGUUGAUGGCAUUGACCUCAAGCUCUAUUAUCAGUCUCUGCAAUUGCUAAGACAAUUUCAAGCCAAUCAUCUGAAGAACCCAACAGCUUAACACAGUUCUAGUUUGAGAAGGCUUUUGUGGAGAUUCAAAGGUAUUGUAGUGACUAGUGAGUGAAAUUCAUAUGAAUUUACUAUAGUGUUGCCAGAGUUACUUUGUGACUUAGUAACCAGAAGAAUCAUGCUCUUGAAGAUUGUAAUAUUCUAAUCAGACUUCAUUGAUGACUUAAAAGAACCAUGGGAACCAAAAGGAGCUGCACUUGCUUUGUGGCAUUGUUGACUGACUUGA